CAGGCUGUGUGUGAAUGGGAGACCUCGCCGCGCUCCUGCGCUCUGUGAUCUCUGCUCUCUGGAUUAUUCCUCACUUUUUAAAAACCCGCAGGAUUUUGUGGUGACCUGUGCGGGCUCCUCUUGCUGCCUCCAGCUGAGCUUACCUCACUCAGGUUUUAUGUGAGGAGAAGAAGAAGAAAGGCAGCAGAAGCGCGUGGGACUGUGUGGAUUUAAAUAACUGAUCGGACUUUUCUGCGCGUCCCUGUGCAGCCAUGCCCCACUGAAGCCGACUCUUCACCAGACCUGCCGCCAGCUCUUCUCUCCUUUUCCUCCUCCCCCCUCUCCUCCUCUGCCCCUUCAUCCUUUCCUCUUCGUGUCCACCAUGGUCUUCUCCUGUUCCUCUCCUCUGCUCCUCCUCCCUCUCCUCUCCCUUGUCCUCUUUUCCUCCCCUAUCCUCUCUGCCCCUGCUGCUCCUCCGCCUCCCUCCGUGCCAUCGGGCAGAGUGGUGUACCGGGCCUUUGACACCUCCCUCACCCACCUGACCGUCCACCAGAGUACAGGUGAGGUGUAUGUCGGAGCAGUGAACCGAGUGCUGAAGCUGUCAGCUAAUCUGACGGAGCUGCGGAGUCACAUGACCGGACCUGUGGAGGACAAUGCUAGCUGUUACCCUCCACCCAGCGUCAGGUCCUGCGCUCAUCGACUGGAGAUGUCAGAUAACGUGAAUAAGCUCUUACUAGUGGAUUAUAUUGGAAACAGACUGGUGGCAUGCGGCUCCAUCUGGCAGGGCGUCUGUCAGUUCCUCAGGCUGGAGGAUCUCUUCAAACUGGGGGAACCGCAUCACCGCAAGGAGCACUACCUGUCUGGAGCCCGAGAGGCUGAUGGGAUGGCAGGUGUGAUUGUUGAAGACCACUGGUUGGAUGACCCAAAGAGAAAGAUGCUGGAGAAGACCAAGAGCCACUUGUUCAUCGGAGCCGCCAUCGAUGGAAAGUCGGAAUAUUUCCCCACGCUGUCCAGCAGGAAGCUGGUGGUUGAUGAGGAGAGCGUCGAUAUGUUCUCUCUGGUUUACCAGGAUGAGUUCGUCUCCUCGCAGAUCAAGAUCCCAUCCGACACCCUGUCACUCUACCCUGCCUUCGACAUCUACUACGUCUACGGCUUCUCCAGUCGCACGUACGUGUACUUCCUGACGCUGCAGCUGGACACACAGCUGACUCAGAUGGAUGCCGGAGGAGAGAACUUCUUCACAUCUAAGAUUGUGAGGAUGUGCUCUGAUGACACCGAGUUCUACUCAUAUGUAGAGUUUCCUCUGGGCUGCACAAAAGAUGGCAUAGAGUACCGAUUGGUCCAGGCCGCCUACAAGCAAAAACCAGGGCGGCGGCUGGCACAAGCGCUCGGCCUUUCUGAAAACGACGACAUCCUGUUUGUCGUCUUCUCACAGGGUCAGAAGAACCGCUCCAACCCACCAAGAGAGACGGUCCUCUGUCUGUUCACCCUCCAUGACAUCAACCUGGCCAUGAGAGAAAGGAUCCGCUCCUGUUACCGUGGAGAGGGACGGCUCUCGUUACCGUGGUUACUGAACAAAGAGCUGCCCUGCAUCCACACUCCGAAGCAGAUCGGAGAUGAUUUCUGCGGUUUGGUACUGAACCAGCCGCUCGGAGGCCUGAGGGUGAUCGAGGGACAGCCGCUGUACGAGGACCGGACCGAGGGCAUGGGCGCCGUGGCCGCAUACACCUACGGGGAGCACACGGUGGUGUUCGUGGGAACCCGGAGUGGACAGCUGAAGAAGAUCCGCGUGGAUGGGAUCCCACCGCCGGCCGAGAACGCUUUGCUGUAUGAGACAGUGACUGUGGUGGAGGGCAAGCCGAUCCUGAGAGACAUGGUGUUCAGUCCUGACCAUCAGUACAUCUACCUGCUCAGUGACAGACAGGUGAGCAGACUGCCGGUGGAGAGCUGUGAGCAGUACAGCAGCUGCUCAGACUGUCUGGGAUCAGGAGACCCUCACUGUGGAUGGUGUGUCCUCUUCAACAAGUGUUCCAGACAGGAAGCAUGUGACAAGUGGGAGGAGCCUCAGCACUUUAAUACACAACUGGACCAGUGCGUCAACAUCUCUGUUUCCCCGAGCAGCAUGUCAGUCACCUCCCCGGCAAUGCAGUUAACCAUUCAGGUGCAGAACGUCCCUGCGCUGUCUGGUGGGGUUACCUGUGUGUUUGAGGACCUGAGUAAUGCCCCCGGAGAGGUGCGGGCCAAAGGUCAGGUGAUGUGUAUGUCACCAUCACUGAGGGACCUUCCAGCACAGACACACUCCUUUGGAGCGAAACGAGUGGUGCAGCUCAGCCUUCGCUCCACAGAGACUGGACACCAGUUCAUCACCACAAACCUCAUCUACUACAACUGCUCUGUGCUCAACUCGUGCACUUCCUGUGUCAGCAGUGAGUUUCCGUGUCAUUGGUGUAAAUAUCGUCACAUCUGCACCAACAACCUGCAGGACUGCUCCUUCCAGGAGGGACGAGUCAGCAACAUGGAGGGUUGUCCUCAGAUAAUCCCUACCUCUGACAUCCUGGUUCCAGCCGGGAUGGUUCGUCCAAUCACGCUGAGAGCUCGUAACCUUCCCCAACCUCAGUCCGGUCAGAAAAACUACGAGUGUGUGUUUAACAUCCAGGGAAAAGUCCAGCGCAUCCCCGCCGUCCGCUUCAACUCCUCCUGCAUUCAGUGUCAGAACACCUCGUAUUGGUAUGAAGGGGACGAGGCUGGUGAUCUCCCGGUGGAUUUCUCCAUUGUCUGGGAUGGAGAUUUCUUCAUCGACAAGCCCGCGUCUAUGAAAGCGUUGCUGUACAAGUGUGAGGCUCAGCGCUCCAGCUGUGGUCAGUGCCUCAAAGCUCCAACUGCCUUCGAAUGCGGGUGGUGCACCGAAAGCAGGAAGUGCCUCCUCCGACAGCACUGCCCGUCCCCCGAACAGAACUGGAUGCACUACACCCGACACAACCUGCGCUGCAGCCACCCACGCAUCACCAAGAUCAGUCCAGUGACAGGACCCCGGGAAGGAGGGACUCGGGUGACAAUCGAGGGGGAGAACCUGGGUCUUCAGGUGAAGGAGAUCGCCCAUGUUCAGGUGGCGGGAGUCCGCUGUAACCCCAUCCCCUCGCAAUACAUCAGCGCAGAGAGGAUCGUCUGUGACAUGGCCGAGGCUCUUCUGCCUCACUCUCCAGGCGGUCGGGUAGAGGUCUGCAUCGGCUUGUGCAACGAAGAAUAUCGAGCUUUCUCCAGUGACACGUACGCCUUCGUGAGCCCGACUUUCAGCCGUGUCCAUCCAGAGAAGGGACCUGUUUCUGGGGGAACCAGACUGACGGUGAUGGGUCGACACUUGAAUGCCGGCAGCUCUGUCACUGUCUACAUAAACAAGGAGGAGUGUCUGUUUGUCAAACGAACUGAUCGGGAGAUAGUUUGCAUAACUCCCAGCUCCACGUCAGGCACGGGCGAAGCCCCCAUCCGUCUGAAGAUUGAUAGGGCCGAGGUUACAAGCACAGAUACCAAGUACACAUACACGGAUGACCCAACCAUCACCAGCAUUGAACCAAACUGGACCAUCCUCAAUGGCAGUACGCUGAUAACUGUGACGGGAACCAACCUGCACACCAUCCAGGAGCCCAAAGUCAGAGCCAAAUAUGGAGGAGUGGAAACUAACAAUUACUGCACUGUAGUCAAUGACAGCACAAUGACAUGCUUGGCUCCUGGUCUGGUCUACACUAAACCCGACCCGCCAGAGGGGGCGCUGCGGCCCGAUGAGUUUGGCUUCAUCUUCGAUCAGGUGUCCUCUUUGCUGGUGCUUAACUCCACCCCCUUUACACACUACCCGAACCCAACCUUUGACUCCUUGGGGAACUCUGGGAUCCUCGAGGUGAAACCAGGGUCACCCAUCAUCCUCAAGGGUAAAAAUUUGAUCCCUCCUGCCCCUGGUAACAACCGCCUGAACUACACAGUCCUGAUUGGAGAGUCACCCUGCCUCCUAACCGUGUCAGAGAACCAGCUGCUUUGUGAUUCACCGGAUAUCACCGGAGAAAAGAGAGUCGUGAUCUUGGUGGGUGGUCUGGAGUACUCCCCGGGCAUGCUCCAUAUCUACUCCGACAGUGCCUUGACGCUGCCUGCCAUCAUUGGGAUCGGAGCAGGCGGAGGCGUGCUGCUCAUCGCGAUCAUCGCAGUGUUGAUCGCUUACAAGAGGAAGACCCGUGAUGCCGACCGCACGCUCAAACGCCUCCAGCUGCAGAUGGACAACCUGGAGAGCCGGGUGGCGCUAGAGUGCAAAGAGGCCUUUGCGGAGCUGCAGACAGACAUCCAAGAACUUACCAAUGACAUGGAUGGAGUGAAGAUUCCCUUCUUGGAAUAUCGGACAUACACCAUGAGGGUCAUGUUCCCUGGGAUAGAAGAACACCCCGUCCUCAAAGAGCUUGACUCUCCAGCCAAUGUGGAGAAAGCUCUGCGUCUCUUCAGCCAGCUGCUGAACAACAAGAUGUUCCUGCUGACCUUCAUCCACACGCUGGAGGCUCAGAGGUCGUUCUCCAUGAGAGACAGGGGGAACGUGGCCUCCCUGCUCAUGGCUGCUCUGCAGGGUCGGAUGGAAUAUGCUACAGUGGUGUUAAAACAGCUGCUGGCCGACCUGAUUGAGAAAAACCUGGAGAACAGAAACCAUCCCAAACUGCUGCUGAGGAGGACCGAGUCUGUUGCUGAGAAGAUGCUGACGAACUGGUUCACUUUCCUCCUCCAUCGAUUCCUCAAGGAGUGUGCGGGCGAGCCUCUCUUCAUGCUGUAUUGUGCCAUAAAGCAGCAGAUGGAGAAGGGACCGAUUGACGCCAUCACCGGAGAAGCUCGUUAUUCUCUCAGUGAAGACAAACUCAUCCGACAGCAGAUCGACUACAAACAGCUGACGCUGAUGUGCAUCCCCCCUGAGGGUGAAGUUGGGACUGAGGUGCCAGUGAAGGUGCUGAACUGCGACACAGUCACUCAGGUCAAAGACAAACUGCUGGACGCUGUUUACAAAGGAAUCCCAUACUCGCAGAGACCUCAGGCCGACGACAUGGACUUGGAGUGGCGUCAGGGUCGGCUCACAAGGAUCAUCCUGCAGGACGAAGACGUGACAACUAAGAUAGAGAGCGACUGGAAGAGACUCAACACGCUGGCGCACUACCAGGUAACAGACGGCUCCGUGGUGGCGCUCGUCCAGAAGCAGGUUUCUGCCUACAACAUCGCCAACUCCUUCACCUUCACCAGAUCGCUGAGCAGAUACGAGUCUUUACUGAGAACAUCCAGCAGUCCCGACAGCCUGAGAUCCAGAGCUCCAAUGAUCACCCCAGACCAGGAAACUGGAACUAAACUGUGGCACCUGGUGAAAAAUCAUGAGCACAGCGACCAGAGAGAAGGAGACCGUGGCAGCAAGAUGGUUUCUGAAAUCUACCUGACCAGACUUCUAGCAACCAAGGGGACGCUGCAGAAGUUUGUGGAUGACCUGUUUGAGACUGUGUUUAGCACCGCCCAUCGUGGCUCUGCACUCCCAUUGGCCAUAAAAUACAUGUUCGACUUCUUAGACGAGCAGGCCGACAAACGACAGAUAACUGACCCAGACGUCCGACACACCUGGAAGAGCAACUGCCUUCCUCUCAGGUUCUGGGUGAAUGUUAUUAAGAAUCCUCAGUUUGUGUUUGACAUCCACAAGAGCAGCAUCACCGACGCUUGCUUGUCAGUCGUCGCUCAGACCUUCAUGGAUUCCUGCUCGACGUCUGAACAUCGGCUCGGCAAAGACUCUCCAUCCAACAAACUGCUCUACGCGAAGGACAUCCCCAACUACAAGAGCUGGGUGGAAAGGUAUUACAGGGAUAUAGCCAAGAUGCCUAGCAUCAGCGAUCAGGACAUGGACGCAUACCUGGUGGAGCAGUCCCGACUCCACGGAAAUGAGUUCAACACACUGAGUGCACUCAGCGAGCUCUACUUCUACAUCAACAAGUACAAGGAAGAGAUCCUAACAGCACUGGACCGGGAUGGGUACUGUCGCAAACACAAACUGAGGCACAAACUGGAGCAAGCCAUCAAUCUGAUGUCUGGAAGCAGCUGAGAGAAGGGGAAGGAUGAAUGGA